AUGGGCAAUAAGACAAUACUGCAACAGGUUUUCUCACGUUUCUGCCUAGUGUUUGUGGCACAGCACAGGCUGGAGGCCAUCGAUGUCAACAAGGCAGUGCAACACAUUCUAGCUUGCCGAAACUUUGACGGAGGUUUUGGAACACGGCCUGGAUCAGAAUCGCAUGCUGGUCAGAUAUAUUGCUGUGUGGGUGCACUGGCGAUUGUGGGACGACUACAUGAGGUUGAUGCAGACUUGUUGGGUUGGUGGUUGUGUGAAAGGCAGUUGCCCUCUGGUGGGCUCAAUGGACGGCCAGAGAAACUUCCUGAUGUAUGUUAUUCCUGGUGGGUGCUAUCCUCUCUCACUAUCAUAGGCAGACUGCACUGGAUAGACAAGAAUAAGCUUGUGGAUUUUAUCCUAGCAUCUCAAGAUGAGGAAACUGGUGGCUUUGCCGAUCGCCCAGGAGACAUGGUUGAUCCAUUUCACACAUUAUUUGGUCUGGCAGGACUGUCAUUGUUGGGAAACAGGAGUCUAAAGCAUAUUAAUCCAGUGUUCUGCAUGUCACAGUGCAUCAUAGACAGAUUAGGUCUCACAGUCUAAUUAUUCUGAUGUUCCCAGACGUAGGAGACUCUUCGAAUGACAAGUGACAUACAAAUUCAGCUGUGGCUGUAAACAUGACCUACUAACAUUACCAUUAUCAUUUUUAACAAACUUGUUACUUGUAACAAGUCCUAGAAGCUUGACAUUUUUACUUACUUCUUUUUUUCUGCCAGUGAUAUGACAGUGAUAUAGUGUCAAUUAAUUAUUUCAUGUAUAUUUUACGUGUAAUCAAAUAUUGUAAUUAAUCUUACUGAUAUAAAAUGAGGCUCUGCAGUAUCUGAUUAACUGUAAACUACUUCUAGUAUCAUGUUCAGUAGAAACAUCAGUUGAGUCAGAAUAUGUUGAAUUUACUGGUGCUUUUAUUUCCAAUUUUGCAUAAUUAUUAUAUAUGUAUAAUUCUAUGUAUCAAUAGUAUAGUAGUUGUAUAAAUAUAAAUAUCUUAUUCAUAUUUAAAAUAUAAACAUAAGAACAUGAUUAAUAUCUUGUAUAUAUGGAUAUUUGCAAUUGCUCAAGAUCCAGUAUGACUGGUUCCAUAAGAGCAUAUAUAGUCUUGCUAUGUAAAAGUGAAUGGUAGUAAAUAAUGUAUAUAAUAGUAAAACCUUUCAUAUGCUGAAA